AUGGGGGUUUUUGAUUUUCUACCAAUUUUUAACCAAUGUUGCUUUUGUUUAAAUUUAAAAAUUGGCUCUAUCUUAAUAGCUAUAUGGGGAAUCUUAUCAGUUGGCAGUUUCACAUAUUUCGCAGCUUUUCCCGUGUGUUUCAUAUUGGAAGGCAUUGCACUAACAAUUAUGAAAAUUGCACGCCUUUUUGUAUAUUUCUGUGAUGGAGUACUGUUUAUUACUGCAAUUAUUUUUAUUAUUGGAGUAUUUAUUAAAAAAAGUAUUACUGCAGAAAUAUUUUUAUUCGGAAUAGCGCUCGUACUUGUUGGAUAUAUGUUAUACACAAUAGCGACUGUUAUUACAUACAUUCUACAUGAGGAAUGUCGUUACUUCGUCGGGCCUGAGGGUUUUACCCUCAAUACCUUUCUUUGGAUCUACUUUAUGAUAAUCAUAAGAAGCUACAAAGAAGAAAUGGAG